AUGGCCGACACUACAGAGCCGACGAACACGUCGGGCGAGCCGCCUAACCCGGCUCCUGAAUCGACCGAAUUACCACCUGUUGAAACCACGCAGUCGACAACAACAGACCAUUCCCUUCCACCGAUAGACACAUCUCUGCCUCCGAUCGAUUCUACUAUGCCGGCAAUGGACGAUCACUUACCAAACCUUGAUCAUUCGCUGCCCCCGAUCGAUGCGACAAUACCCUCCUUGCCGCCCAUUGACACCUCGCUGCCACCACUGGACACCACACUGCCGGCUGCAGAUGGGCAUUUGCCGGGCGGAGAGCCUGACUUUUCCUUUCCUGACACCAAGUCGUUGACCAACGAAGGUCAUAUGUCGGAGCCUACGCAUUCAGGGCCAGGAACAUCCAGCUUUGACUUUACCGAGCAAUCCGGACAGUCAUCUACGCCUGCUCCUACGUAUCAGUCUCCUGUGAAUGGCACCCCGCUGCAACAGCCAGCCCAGCAACAGUCGCAACCACUGCAGCAACAACAACAUCAGCCGCAGCCAGGGCAGCAGCAGCAGCAGACGACGCCGGGUCACACCCCCCAACCGCAGCAGCCAUAUCAUCAGCAAUAUGCGCAGCCACCGCAGCAUUCACAUUCACCCUCCCAUCAGUCUACGCCUGCGCCACAACAUACACCGUCGCAGCAGCCGCAGCAAUAUACGCCGGGGCAGCCACAGCCGCAUCAGUAUCAGCAGCAGCAACAGCAGCCGCAACAAGGAUCGGACAUGUACCACAACCACCAGAGCCAUUCCCCCUCAAUGAAUGCGCCCUCGAUGCAGCCCAUGGAUCAUCAUGCCAUUUCGGGACAAUCGUCGCAGAUCCCCCAGGCACCUAUUGGCUCACCGAUGCCAUCCAAUAUGCCUCCGAUGCCGUCAGUGGGCCAGUACAUGACCGGAUACCCUACCAAUGUCGGGCAAAUGGGCAUGAAUGCAAACGCGCAGAUGCGCUAUCAGCUACCGGGAGAUCCCAACAAGCUGUUGUCGGGCGGACGGCAUAAGAAGGAGGUAAAACGUCGGACCAAGACGGGGUGUCUCACCUGUCGUAAGCGAAGAAUCAAGUGUGACGAAGGGCAUCCUGUCUGCCGCAACUGUGUCAAGAGCAAGCGUGAAUGCUUAGGUUACGACCCCGUGUUUAAGCAGCAACCCACGCCUUCCGCCAUUCAGCCUGCUCCCAAUCCUCAUCCUUCCUUGGUGGUCAAUCCUCAGGAUCCCUCUACUUCAUAUCCCGCUGCGCCUCCGGGUUACAUGCCAGCUGCCUCCCAACCGUUUGCCCCGUCUGAGUCGCCUGCCCCGCCGAGUGAACGCUACGAUUACGGCACUGCAAUUGACCCAUCGCUGGACGUGAACAACAAUAACAACAUGGCCAGCAUUCAGCACGCCGUGGAGGGAGGUCUGCAGCCAACGGUCAAUCCCGCCAUGACAAGCACCAGCGCUACCCCGUCAGAGCCGACCAACGUCAGAUGUAAGCUUCAUCCAAGCGUGUUUUGCGUAAAACAAGUUCAGAUCAGCGACCUUCUCGCGCUACGCGGCAUUCCGCCUCCUCCCCCUCACCCGAUUACCUCCCUCCCGCCAAACCGUCUGGAAGAGAUUCAGGCGGUCUUCCUGGCGACGUACGCCCCCGCCAUUGACAAGUUCUUCGAGACUCGGUGGUUCCAGGAGAAGGCAUUGACACAUCUUCUGGCCAACGCGCAGCUCAUGGCUGAGUACUCUGCGUUGAUCGAUGCGUUCAAUGAUCCCAACCUGGGCGAUCCCAAUGUGCUGGCGCGGUUGGAGAGCUUCGAAGCGUCGGUCGUCUGGAGCUCCAUGACUUUGUGUCGCCAUGUGAUGAAUGUCUCCACGGGAACUCAACCAGAAUUCGAUCUUUUGGCUGCUGCCAAGCGGUUGGAUGUCAUUGAGUCGAUGAUCACGGGAGAACACCUGGACUCGAACCCGCUGGCGCAGUUUCCAACCCGGGAGCCAGCGGCCAACCCUCCUUUGUUGCCCGAUCAGCUGACGCAGCGGUCGUUGGAUUUCUGGAGCUCGAUCGGACACUUCUUGACGCUGCACGAUAACGAAGCGAGCUCGGCCAAGGAGAUCGAUGACACGCUCGCACGGUGCCGUACCUUGCUAGAUACCUUUGAGAACCGUGACGUGAUCUACUCGAUUGCCAUUGCCCGGCAUCUGGGCCAGCGGUGGGCAGACUUUCCGCGCAGCUUCCCGCAACCAAUUACGACGAACGAGAAGGAUGCGGGGGCGAAGCUGUACGUGGCGCAGAAGUUCCUGGAGCAGGAAGCGGGCGGCAAAGGCACCACCCAGGUGAUCAAGCGCAUAUGCGGCAUGGUGGUUCGGUCCUGGAUUGUCUCGCGGGAGUAG